AUGGACAGAGAUGAAGAAAACUACUAUGGAAAACAUGGUGAACCAAGGAAAUUUGACCCAAAGUUCAGAGGACCUAUUCAUAACAGGCACUGUACAGAUGUUGUUUGCUGUGUGAUCUUCAUAGUCGUCAUCCUGGGCUACAUCGCAUUGGGAAUCGUGGCUUGGGUGCACGGUGACCCCAGAAAAGUGAUUUAUCCAACUGACAGCUAUGGGCAGUUCUGUGGUCAGAAAGAUACCCCCAAUGAGAACAAGACCAUUUUAUUUUACUUUAACAUUCUGAAAUGUGCCAGCCCCAUUGUGUUAAUAAACCUACAGUGCCCUACAACACAGCUUUGUGUCUCAAAGUGCCCAGACAGGUUUGCAACCUACAUUGAUGUUCAAGCUUCCUACAGAUACAAACCAGAUCAGUGGAAUUACUUCAAGCAGUUCUGCAAACCUGGUUUUAAUAAUCCUCGCAAGUCUGUUGCUCAAGUCCUACGUGAUGAAGAUUGUCCUUCGAUGAUCAUUCCAAGCAGGCCUUUUCUUAAGAGAUGCUUCCCAGACUUCUCCACGAAGAAUGGUGUCCUAACUGUGGCAAAUCAGACCACUUUCAAAGAUGGAAGAGGGAAAACAAGGAAUGUAACUGAUCUCAGGGAAGCUGCGAAUGGCAUCAAUAAUGUCCUGGAUGCAAGAUCAGUUGGAAUGAAAAUUUUUGAAGACUAUGCCAUUUCUUGGUAUUGGAUUUUAAUUGGGCUGUUCAUUGCAAUGAUUGUGAGUCUGCUCUUCCUUGUCUUACUGAGGUUCACAGCUGGGGUUCUCUUCUGGAUUUUCAUCUUUGGUGUAAUUGGAAUUAUAGGCUAUGGUAUCUGGCAUUGUUACUGGGAAUAUGAUCAUCUGAAAGGGAAACCUGGAUCUGACCUCACUGUUUAUGACAUUGGAUUCCAGACAGACUUCAGAGUGUACCUGCAACUGAGGCAAACAUGGUUAGCAUUUAUGAUAACACUUUGUGUGGUUGAGGUCAUAAUCAUACUGAUGCUGAUCUUCCUAAGGAAUCGGAUCCGAAUUGCAAUUGCACUGUUGAAGGAAGGUAGUAGGGCUAUUGGCUAUAUAAUGUCUACAUUGUUCUACCCCAUCGUCACCUUCAUCCUCAUUGCAAUUUGUAUUUCCUACUGGGCUGUGACAGCUGUUUUUCUGGCUACAUCAGGAGAACCUGUGUAUAAAGUAAUGGCUAACCAAACACUGUGCAAGUAUGCAAACCUGACUUGUGACCCAGAGACUUUUAACACAACAAAUGUGACUAAAUUGUGUCCAGGUGCUCAGUGUACUUUUGCUUUUUAUGGAGGAGAAAGCCUGUACCACAAGUACAUCUUCAUCUUCCAGUUAGCCAAUGCCUUUGUCUUUCUGUGGCUGGUGAACUUUGCAAUUGCACUGGGUCAGUGUACCCUUGCUGGUGCCUUUGCCUCUUACUACUGGGCCUCUCGAAAGCCAGCUGAUAUCCCACUGUGGCCACUCUUCUCCUCCUUUGGACGAGCAAUACGAUACCAUACAGGUUCGCUGGCAUUUGGAGCCUUAAUUCUUGCAAUUGUCCAGCUUAUUAGAGUAAUACUGGAGUACUUGGAUCACAAACUGAAAGGUACACAGAACUCCUUCACUAGAUUUCUACUCUGCUGCCUCAAAUGCUGUUUCUGGUGUUUGGAAAAAUUCUUAAAAUUUAUAAACAGAAAUGCCUACAUCAUGAUUGCCAUAUAUGGUAAAAACUUCUGCACCUCUGCAAAGGAAGCGUUCUUUUUGCUCAUGCGGAAUGUGGUGAGAGUGGCAGUUCUGGACAAAGUUACAGACUUUCUUUUAUUCCUUGGGAAGAUCCUGGUUGCUGGUGGUGUAGGUGUCCUGGCAUUCUUUUUCUUCACACAGAGGAUACCAAUCUUUGCACAGGAAGCACCAGCAUUAAAUUACUACUGGGUACCAUUGUUGACAGUCAUUAUUGGCUCCUAUCUGGUUGCACACGGGUUCUUCAGCGUCUAUGCAAUGUGUGUUGACACACUCUUCCUCUGCUUCUGUGAAGACCUGGAAAGAAAUGAUGGAUCUACAGCAAAGCCCUACUUCAUGUCAGCUAGCCUUCACCGAAUUCUAGGGAAGAAGGAGUUAAGCCCUAAGAAGGCAGUGGGAUAA